AUGACCGUAAACAACUUCUACGAUCUGCAGACCAUAUGUCUACGCACAUGCUACGAUCCACGUUUCGAGGAGAAAUACCAAAAACUUCUAGAAGCAUCCGGAGCUUCUGUCUUAGACUACAUUCGGGUCCUGGAUGAUUCCACGCGCUAUGAUAUCGAGAAUAGAAGCAAGAACUUCUGGCGCCAAGUUUUGAUCCAAGAACAGUGCGACGAAGUCCGAGAGCUUGCCUUGGCGGGAUUGAGAGUUCAAGCUGGCAUCUACCUCCUGGAUAAGGACUCCAUCAAGUCCGGGGUCAUCACAGUCCUCUGGCUCGACGAGCACGGGGAUCUGGCCUGGGAAAGCCGACUGGACCCGUUGAUCUGCGAUUUGGAAGAUUUAGCCGUUGCUAUGGAGGCGCAGCCAAUUAACUUGGUUGACAUCACCGAUUGUGACGGAAGACUCGUCCCGUGGGUUAUGGAUCAAGAAGACGAGGGGUGCUCCUCGGCGGAGAGUUAA